AUGCAUCUCUACGUUAAACACGCGACCCUCAUCAACAACUGUUACCCUGAAAAAGAGGGGGAGAGUGGACCUCGAUCGUCCGAACUCAGCUACCUUACCUUUUAUGCCAGUUCUCGACCUGUCAAGUUGACCAAGGUCGGCAUCUUUUUGGAAAACAAAGUUAAACGCGAUGUAUCCAAGAGCAGAAAACAGAACAAUCAAGUCUCCCUUGAGGUCAUCAAGGCUCUUAUCCAAUCCUGCCAUCGCGAUCUCAACCUGUUUUCGAAAUACGUAGUAAAGAUAUUGAGCAUGAUCCUCAGUACACAAGACCUCGAUUUGAUGGAUUUGUCCUGCGACACGUUUAUCGUGUUUUGCAGUUACCAUGACGGCUCAACGCUCGGUGUGGAUGCUGAAUUCACUUCUGAUUUCGAAGGCCUCGUUCAAAGGUUUGCUGAUUUAUGUAAUAACAACAAUUCAGAUCCAUCCAUUAGCUUAAGCAUGCAACAUAUUGGUCACCGUGCCAUUCAGGCCACCAUCUCUUCUCAAGCGCUUCAUGCUUCCAACUUUAAGGUUCAACUCAGCCUUAUCAUGCCGCCUUUGGUUAUUACCUUGUCUACUACAUCUACUUCCGCCAACGUCCUUGCCAAAAAAGAAUCGAUCGAUAUCCGUCAAUCAAGUUUGAACAACAGCACGUUGGAUAAGGGCGUGAUUGACAUUCUUGCAGCAAAAAGUGCCAGUAUCUUAUUCAGCCAAUUGAACGGGGCAGCUGUUCGAACAGCACUCAAUCCACUAUUUGCAUACAUGGACAAUAAGCAGAAAUGGUGGCCACCCAAUUUUGCCGUGUCCAUAAUGGAACUAAUACUCGACGCGCUGCAACCCCAAAAUCGGUACUUGCUUGUUUCCGAAGUGUUGCAGCAACUCGAUGUUUUAGCCAAGGACAACUCCGUCUCGGAAAAAGUGGCAUCGCUGGUUUCGAUCCUGGACACAAUCUUGAACGCCAAUAUACCGCUUGUGGGCAUCUCAGUACUUGAAGUGCUGAACUCGCUAUUUACCCAUUUGAUUAAGGCGCUUCAAGGUCGCUCUUUCCGCGACGAAAAUCCUACAGAUGCAGCAGAUAUCGCUGGCAUGUAUGAAUAUGCCGUUCAUCAGGGUCUUGCUCACAGCAUUGGUGGUCUCGCCUCCCAGACAUACUAUCAGAAUCAAUUGAACGAUGUGACUGGAUACAUUAUUGCUAAGCUGCGUGCUGGUACAGCAUUGGAACAGGUGGAAGGUUUGCCUAUUCAUGAGUACAGACGCGUCGCAUUGAUUUGUUUGGAUCUCAUUGUUUCGACCAGCAAGGAUGCUGGCGCUGACGACGAGUAUGCAUCGGAGAGCACCAUUUCGCUGAGCAGCUGGCUACCGGCUAUCAGCUUGCUGACUGAUAGAAUACCUGAAACAAGAGUUGAGUUCGCUCAGACAUUGACGCGCUAUUUGGAAGUGACAACCAACGAGGCUGAAUUGACACCUGAACCUUAUCCCAAGCACUUGCUUAACCAGCACGGCGACGUCAUGUUUGUCAACGCUGUUCAUCAGACGAUCAUUGACUGGGUACAGAUGCCGAGCUGCAACGUGGGCGAUGUAGGUGCCAUGUACACACUGCUUUGCGCUCUUACGCGUCGAUUCGGUGCCGAUGGAUCGAUCCGAACCGUCCCACUCGUGUUUAAGUUGCAAAGUCUCGUGAAGCAAAGCGCCAUCAAGCAGACUUCGCGGCAACGUGCUGUUGCUGCUGCUACAAUUGAAUGGUUUGGCAUGGUUGCUCAUAUGCAUCAAAUUAGCCCAUUACAGGACUAUCUCAAAGGUCUGAAGGAUGAUCGUGUCGCCCAUAAGGAAUACUCGCCCAUCUUUCUGCCCGAAAUUGCGCCCACUGUCGCUCAUGUCAACAAUUUCGAAGAAAUUGAGCCAGAGAACACUACCGUGGUCGACAAGUUCAUUGAUCGUCACGCAGUUGUUGAGAUACUCUCCAAGGAUGGACCUUUGCGGGACGAAGAUGAUACCCAUGGCUUGGAUUUGGAAAGCAAGCUGUAUGUUGAAUGGGGAUCUGAAGCGUUUGUAAAUCAGGAACGAUCGUUCCGCAUCCGAUCUUCGCGCGAUCUGGAUGAUGUAAAGCCUAAACUAGUGACACCUUGGUUCGGUGCAGACUUCGAUUCAUCUGAACGCGGUCAGAAAAACACAAUCAAAGUUGAAAAUCUUAAAGAAGCCCUAGUGUCGCAACAAAAGUCGACAGGAGCCAGUGAAAACGAGCUGGAUUCGCUGCAAAUGAUGACAAAGCGAAGCUUAGCUAAACGUCCCACUGAAACCAAGACAGACAUUGACUCCAUCUUGUCAUCAUUGAGCCUCGGCAUCAAUACUACGCAACCAAGUUCUACAUCGUUGGUAAACCCGCCCUACAAAGGUUAA